AUGUCGAGAACAAUACAUACAGAAGGUGCAAGAAUAUUAGAUUCCUUUCAACCCUUUCAAAUACCACCUAAUUUACUACUCGACCAGCCAUCGGUCAAUCCCACCAACGGACCUAUGCAAUAUUACCAAAGCCGUUCGCUGGGUCGAUCGACUUUUCAAUCUGGCUCUCAUGUGCUGUCUUGUAGCUUUUAUGAAAUUGUAAAAUAUCAAGUGCCUACUGUAUCCACCACCACCAUUCGCGUAGAAGAUGAAGUCGAAGAUCUGUUACAAUCAAGUCAAGACCCUACUCAGCCACUUUUGUCAGAUACGAUGCUAUUGGAUCCACCCGCUGCAGACGAUACGGCCGCAAACAAUCGUCAUGAUACCAACAACCACAACAGCAGUCGUACGAGUAGCGCUAGUAGUAGUAGUAGUAGUAGUAGUAGUAGUAGUAGUAGUAAUAUGGAGAACGAUAAACAAAAGGAACAGGUCAUGGGUCGAGCUAUCAUUUUCACAGCGGACAAGGAAGUCUCUACUCCUUCAGCCUUCUCUUUGUCUUCUUCUUCUUCUUCUUCUCUUUCACUUUCCCCUGAACAAAGGUUUUAUAUGUUUCCUCGUGAUGCUGUCACAGAAUGCUUAACCACAACUGCCCCACAUAAGUUGAUAUUCUCGUUCUUUCCACACAACAAAAAUGUAGCAUGCGAUUGCCUAUCUUCAUUUGAAAUGGAUGAGCCAUCCUCUUUCAGUACGAAAUUAGAAGAAUUUGCUGCUGUUUGCAGUCAUAGUGAUCGGUUAACGCUCUCCAAUCUGAGUAGACAUCAACCUCAUGCACGUAACAUGAUACUCACGGAUGCAUCAGAAGAGUUGUACCAGUCUAUCAAACAGAUGGUCUAUGGCUAUGAAACGAUGUGUCAAAAUAUGUUGGAACUUAUGAAGCUGCAUAAUGAAAGAGUCACCUAUUAUAAAACAAAACUGGGCAUCUUUUUGGAACGAACAGCGUCUUUACAGCAGCAGCAACAUCCAUUCGAUGCGGUGGAGGAUCCCAUGACGACCCCCCACCACCACCACCACCACUACGAGAGAAAAAGCCAUGGAUGGCCUUCAGAUCAAGAACGUCAAGGACGGACAGCAUUCAACCGAUCUCCAUCCUCAACAUUCACCAGCGACAUGGAGACAUUGAAAGGAAAACAGAGUACAAGAAAAGCGAAUAAAGAAGCAAACAACGUCAAUGCGAACCAAAUGAAAAAAUGCCUUUAUUGUGGCUCAAAAACAACGCCCAUGUGGCGAAGAGGUCCGCAGGGCGCAGGUACUCUCUGUAAUGCUUGUGGCGUGAAAUGGAAACAUGGUAAAAUAUUGAACGGCAAAGAUUCGCCCACAACAGCCACAUCAGCCAACAGUUACAGCAAGUCCACUACGACGACUACAGCGACCACCCAUACGGCGACAAUGACAACCGCUGCUGCUUCUUCUUCUUCUUCUUCUUCUUCUUCUUCUACACCGACAAUCACAAGUAAAAAAAUCGGUAAAAGAGAUACAAAAAAGCGGCGGAUGACGAGUAGUAACAGCACCUAUACCACCCGAAACAAUCAGAAACAACAACAUCAUCACCCUAGUAGCAACAGUACGCCGACAAGGACGACACCGCAGACAAGACAACAACAACAACAACAACAACACCCACCGUAUCCAUCUUACGAACAUGACGUAGAUGUAUUCGGAUCCUCCUCGUCUUCUUCUUCUUUACAUCAAGCAAUACAACAACAACAACACCAACACCAACACCACCGCUCAUUUUCAGCGUCCCAUAGUCCGCUAGAGUCGUCCUCUUCCUCAUCCAGUACUUCCCCGGCCGUGACAAAAUUAUUAGAUCAACAACAACACCAUGCAUUAGCAGAGGACGAUAAAGGAAGUAGAGAUUCCUUAAGCUCGUUUGACCCUGAUAGUUUGUCUGUUUUCAUCGGCGAAGAUGCCGUCGAAGCAGCUGCUGUACUUGCGCUGUUGAAAAGCAGUUGA